AUGUCUGUCAAUAUUCUACCCCUAUCAAGCUGGAAAUGGCAAGAGAAGGAUCUCGUAGCCCCUGAUGAAAAAGAUGUGGACUUUGGCAACCCGCUAGAGCUUACUAGUUGGAUCGUCAAUCAGCUUCGAGCCUGUCCCUACAAUGAUGUUCGUACUAUAAUAGAAAAACACAAGACCAUCACCCGCUUAGUUCAACUCAAAGAACUUCGGGAGAAGGGUGCAGUUACCCAACCCAAACUUUAUCUUGACCGACAGCAGAAAAUGUCGGCUCUAGCAGCCUUCGUCACGAUCGAUAAAGUCAAUUCGGGCUCGUGUCAACAAUGUUUACACAGAAAAUCGCGUGGUCCAUGUGCUGAGUGUGUUGCCGGUAGCAAUAGCUUGUUUAAUGGAGCUUGUACAAACUGCCAGUUUUCUAGCACGGCUGCAGGAUGUUCAUUCUACGAAGGUAAAAGCCGGAAAGCUAAGAAGCGAAGCCGUUCGACCUCCGACGACAACAACCCUAACAAACGAUUUUACCUAACCCCCGAGGUACUAGAGGAUCUGACAACUCGCGAUCUUGAACGCUGGCGAAAUAUGAUUGAAAACGAACUAGAUAUACGCAAUCCGUCCCGUUCCGCUGGGAAUCGACCACGCUCUUAACUUUUGGGUCUCGCAGCCAUCGAC